AAGACAACAACAACAACAACAACACAGGCGCCUCCAACAACAAGUACGCCUUGGCUUCCAACUUUGGCGAGAGCACCGAGAACCUCGCGUCGGGAGCAGCCGAUGAGCUGGCCAGCCCGAGAUCACGGUUCUCUCUGGGCAUCCCAAGCCUUCAGCUCCCGAGAAUCGGCCUGGUCGGCCACUCGCGGUUCUCAGAGCAGUCUUCCGCCCCCAGGCCGCUCUUUACCCAGAGAAAUGUCGCUGCAGGCCCGAGGGCUCCAUCAUCAGUGUACCCUCCGACAGAGUACCCGACCGACAAUCUCAACAGCGGAAUCCCCCCGUUGCCCACGGAGCCCAUGCCCACUUACACAUACACUGGCCCUCACAGCGGGGUGACAACGACCCAGAUCGAAGCCGGCGGUCACGGCCGCAGCGGGGACAUUGAAGAUGCACGCACGCGGCGCCACCACGACCGGCACGGCAAGACGAGGGCCACCAGGAAGCACAGCGGAAAGACCAGGAGCGGGGCAAACAACAAGCACGGCAAGAGCAAGAGGAGGCACCAGCAGUCCUCGCGGCACCACGAUGUGUCCGGCUCGGCCGCGAACGGCGCUACCACUACAGAGUCGUCGCUGUCGUCGUCGACAAACUCGUCGGGAGAGUCGAACGAGAAGCGCGGCAGGGACAGAGAGCACAGGAGGCGUGCGAGGAGCCCGCCCAGGCCGUUCAUGGGAUGCUUCCCACCCGUGAGGUCGCGGCGGAUGAGGGCCCGGAUCGUGCAGUGUGUUGUUGCUGGGUUGUUCUUGGUGCUCAUUGUUGGGAUCUGUAAGUCUUCCUCCUGUUCGACCUUUUUCGCCGGUCUCGCCCUCACGAACACCGUUGACCCGAGCCAAUUGACCAUCCCGAUGGCUGUCAUCGUGGGCAUCAGCGCGCUCAUCCUCAUCUACCUCAUUGCCCGGCUCGUCAUGCUCAUCAAGCACAAGCGCAACAAGGCCAAGCUCCGGGCCCAGCGACGAAACGACCUCGAGGCCCAACAUCAGAAGCAGCAGCAGCAGCAGUCUGCGUACGCUCCUCACAUCGCCCUCCCGAGUGACCGGGAAGUUCCUGGGCUUGACGCUGGGAUCGCAAGAGUCGAGCCGCCCGCUUACGGCCACUGGAGGGAAAGUAUGCGCGCCAGCCCCAACAGAGCAUACUGGCAGCACAGCGAGCCGUCUCCCAUCUCUGAGAAGAGCCAACGGUCGCCUCAGGAAGCCGACUAUGCCAAUCACCCGGCUGUGAUCGGCAGCUCUUCUGCUCCUCCCGCCAACGCAGAGCCGGCCUCCUAUCUCACCAUGAGACAUGACAACGAAGUCGUCUACGACAACAGCGCCGUCUCUGAUCUUGGUUCUUCGGCGCUCUCCAGUUUCAGCCCCAGCCCGAGCGCUGUGUCUUCGCCCUCUGUGGUCCAUGCCACGAGAGCUUUCGUGCACCAGGACGCCCUUCCAACAACAGUGCCGACGACGCCCUGGCCGCGCCCUCCGUCUUACAUCUCUGACAAUGGGAACACGCCAAGGGCAAGAAACAACAAUCACGCCAACACCAACACCAACAACACAACAACAUCACCAUCCUCCUUCCUCGCACCACCAAACCCGCCUCCUACGCUAAUGCAGCUGCCCUCCGACUUCUCACUGUUUGACCCCUCCGCCUCAAGGGUUCACGACCAAACUCAGCAUCUUUAUCACCAUCAGCAGCAGCAAGAGGAAGACGACGACGACGACAACGCCCAGGACAUCCUCCCGGCAACAAAGUUCCAGCCCGCAUAUUACAUCCCGGACCCGCGCGACACGCAGGCCUACCAGGCGCGCCAGCAGCAAGACUACUCGAUCGACCGCGCCGCGUCCGAGGCCGCCAUGUCCCGCGCGCAAUCCCCCGUGCACCAGCACCACCAGCACCAGUACCACCAGUACGGCACUGCGGCGAGCUCCGCGCUCGGCGUCGGGGCGAGGUCCGACUGUGGGACUAUCGAGGUUGGUAUCACGCAGAGCCAGUACUUUGGCGGUGGGGCCGGUGUAGGGUAUGGCGGGCUGGGGUCUUACUGUGGGAGCAGAGUCGGCGGGGUUGACGAGCGAGACGAGAUUGUGUAUGACGACUUCCAUCAUAACCAGGGCGUCGGCGAAGAAGAGGAAGUGGCGUAUCUUGAUGUCGAGGUUUACUCGGACGAUGAAGUCGUUCAUGGUGGGAAGGAAGGGGGACUAGAUGCGGAGGAAGAAGAGGAGAAUUCGAAGCGGAAGAGUAGGAGUAAUCGGGACCGGAGGAGGAAAGAGCGCCGGGGUCAGGGCAAGGUUGAUGGGACACCGCUGAUCGGACAGCUUGGAGGUGUGAAUGGGUGGUCAUGAACGCAAUCAUGACGGAAAGAACCAAAUGAGCGAGGAGCAUGAGUGUGUUGUUUUUUCUUUGUCGUAGGCUUGCUUUUGCCUCUGGGUCAAGGCGUUUGCGGCGUACUGGGACUUCAUAAUGUGUCUCCAUGUUCACGAUAUUCACGAUGAUAAUGACCAUAUUUCCACUCAGCUAUAUAUAUAUAUAUAUAUACGUAACUAUCCUUUCUACAGAGAAAUGACGCAGUGUAUGCUCU